AAAUAAAUGAUUUAAUCAGCAUUUCAAAAAAUUCAUUCAUCACAUAUUGUACUGCGCAUUGAUAUUUAUGCAAUAGUAAACCAGCCCCGAUGAUCGACAACGGUUAGACGGCUGAUAACUUAAAUAAGAACAGGUCUUUGCAGCAGAAAGAUAAUCAUGAUAAAUUAUAGAGUCCCCAGCUAAAUUUUCAAAAGAGAAAAUUAAAACUCAGAGUGUAUAUUGAAAUAUCCGAAAACAGCAGUAAAGAAUGCUGAAUACUACAGUGAAAAAACAGAGGUUAAUAUAAGUUUGACCUGUUUGAAAAGAUAUUUUGUAUUAUCUGGUCAAAGUGUAAGGAAAAUUUGGAACUUACUUAACAUGCUUAUUGUCAAAUGACCGGAUUUAAAAAAAAAAAAAGAUGAUGAAAAAAUUUUGUUCCGUCAUGUUUAAAAUUGGAGUAGUGUUAUCUUUUGAUUAUCAUUGAUUAUACUUAAAUGAAAGAAGAAGAGGAAGUAGCAUAAUAAUCGAUAUCAAGAAAACAAAAUGGAAGAUAUUGUAGUAAAAACAGAAACAUUGAUUGAUGAAAAUGAAAAAGUAACGUCAAACAUUAACAAUGAUGUUUUAAAUGACAACAGACUGUCACAGUCAAACAUAUUAAGUAACAACUUGUCUGGACGGGCUGGAAAUUUGACAACAAAUAUGUGUGAUAUUGUUGUAAAAAAGGAGCCAAUAUUUGAUGGAAAUGAAAAGGUUGAAGUAAACACGGAUUUUGACUCACAAUUUGAAAUAUUAGGGUCAGUUAUCACAUUUAAAGAUGAAAAAGAAGAUACAAUUGAAGUUCCUCAGCCCCUUAAUAAUGAAAAUAUUAGUCAAUCCAAUUUAUCUUCGGGAAAGAAGACUCCAUCUGUGGAAAAAGGGGCAAUGGUUGUGCCACCAGUGCAGACCGAACUCAUGUAUGAGAAAGUUAUGUGUCCAUCCAAUUUUUCUUCAGGACAGAAUCUGACAUCUGUGGAAAAACGGGAAAUGGUUGUGCCACCAGUGCAGUCCAAACUCAUUUUUGAGAAAAUGAGAAAACUUUUAAGUACAAGGGCCUUGUCUGUGAAAGAUGUAUCUCUUCCAUCAAAUAUUUCAGAGAAUACACUUAACAGUAAUGCUAUAAACAGCCAACCAAUAGAUAGUGGGCAAGAUUUUGUAAAAAGCCAUUCCAUAGAGGUUACCGGUACUGUUUCCAAUAAAUCUCUCAGUACUUCAGACCAGUCAGUGCUUCCUCAUACUUCAAAACCUCGGCCACAUAUAAUUAAACGUUUUGUAAGAAUAAAACCAAUUUCUAUUGGGAAAUCUGACUCCAGUGUCAACAAUGAAGAAAAAGAUAAAAUUGAUCAUAAUUACAGUUAUCAGCAUGGUCAGUCUGACAUAGUGAUUUCUUCAGUAACUGCUGCACCUCAUAACUUACAAGCAGUAAAUCUCGGGGAUUGCAACCGAUCUUCAGAUGGUUUUACUUGUGAAAAAAAUAAAAAUGAAAGAACAAAAGAAAUUCAAGAAAUUAACUAUUCACAUGAUACAGUAAACAUGGUAAACAGCCUUCAAACAAAAUGUAUAGGUAAAUGGGGGAAAAAGAAAGAACCUCGUAAGUGUGAAGUGUUGGGAAGAAAAGAGGUGCUUUCAAGGAGUGAAAAAUUGAGGUAUACUUUUCGUCCAAUUACCAUAAUGCUACCAAGUAAUGCCAAAAAGACUGGAUAUGACUGUAAAGAAUGUAACAAGACAAUAGUCUUUUACAAUUAUCAAAGGUUGCCAAUGUAUCAGUGUAAAGAAUGUCCUUUUAGCAGCAUAUGUAAGAAUACAUUCAUGUCACAUUACAAUUACUCUAUAUUCCAUCAUAAACCAUUGAAUGUUGAAAAGAAACCUGGAUUUCCAAGCAUUAAAGAAAAAAAACUAGAGUUCACAUUGGGAUGCAGAUGUAGAUUGUUUCUAACUAACAGUCCAAUAGAAAUGGCUGAUCAUUUGGCUAGUUGUGAGGUUGGAAAUAAGACAUGUUUAAUUAUAAGAGAUAUGAAUUCUGUGGCUAGUUUUUUUAAUUUUUCUUUGAGUGAAUUUACAAAAGAACUCAAUUCAAUGACACCAAAAGAGUUAACAGUACAAAGAAAUAUAACAACUGAUUUUCAAGAUGUACAGACACAAGAAAGGUUUGAUCCACAUUGCAAAGACCAAUACAGUCUGAAUGUUGCAAAAAGACUAGAAAGACAAAUUUCUUCUAAAUUCUCUGGUGUACCUAUAUCAGUUUCAAUUUCUCCUGCUGCCAUAGGUGGUAAAACAAGGAAUUUUAUGAAUAAUCAUAAUACCUCCAAAAGAAUUCAGAAUUCUGAAUUGCCAUCCAUCUGGUCUGUACAGGAUGAUUCAGAAUUCCAAUAUGUAGAAAAAGUUUCACAGGUGUCUGAAACAGAUUCAUUUAUGAACCACUUUCCUAAAGUUCGGAGUGUAGCAACAGACACAAAGACGAACACUUCAUUGGGAUUCUCAACGGUUACACCUCAAAUUGCUCAGAAAGCUGCACAAAAGACAUUUCAAACCAUAGCACCAAAAUUUACGCUGAUAUCUAGUGGAGUAGGUCAGACUUCAAUUUCUCCAACUUAUCUGAAAACAGCAGGAAACAUAGCACUUCCUUUGAUAAAUAAAAAUCAGAACAAGACAGCAAAUGUGACACUUUCUUCGUCUAAUACAGCUCCAAGAGCUGUAGUAUUACUACUCCCAGGUAAAGCUGGUCAAAAAGAUGUCUUGUUUUUUCCCACUGUGACAACACCUACCACAACUAAUGAUGUAUCACCAGUACUGACAGCUCCACCUAAGUCAGGUCAGAACACAACGACUUCUACAAUUCAGAAUACAGCUUCUGGAAGUAGUUUAACUUUCACAUACGACGUAAAAGCACAAAAAAUAAUACAGUGGGAACCAGAUAAAUCUGAACAGACAGUUUUAAUGUUAAAGAAAUCAAAUUUUACUCCACAUCCAUCUCUCAGGACUUCAUCUGCAGUUACAAAAUUAUCUUCAAUAGUUUCUACAAUGGGACCAUCUACCAAACUUGUGAAUUUAGCUCCAAUUGUAUCUAAAAAGUAUCCACCAAGACUUCAAAAUUCAGGUCCAUCUGUUUAUACAGUGUAUCCUCCAACUAGACCCCACGAUUCAGCAUCAGUUAUAUCAACGGCCUGUUUAUCUGCUGAAACUCAGAGUUCAACUCAAUAUGAUGGUCAAAAUUCAAUUCAAACUGAUAUUCCUUAUUCAGCUCAAACUGAUACCUGGAAUUUAACUCCUAGAGUAUCAACAUCUUCAAGAGUAUCUGUAAUGAUCCCUUUAAGUGAAGCUCAGAACUUGAUAAAUACAAUAUCUUGGGACACAGUACCAAUUUUAACACCAGUAUCAGAAGAAUUAGUUCAGGAUACUGCAUCAACAAGUUCUGAGAGCUUAGCAUCAAGAUGGUCUGAGAUCAUAGCAUCAAGAAGGUCUGAAAACACUGCAGUGACAAGGUCUGAGAGUAUAGCAUCAACAAGGUCUGAGAGCACAGCAAUAACAAGGUCUGAGAACACUGCAUCAGCCAGGUUUGAGAGCACAGCAUCAACAAGGACUGAGAGCACAGUAAUAACAUGGUCUGAGAGCACAGCAUCAACAAGGACAGAGAGCACAGCAUCAACAAGGUCUGAGAGUAUAACAUCAACAAGGUCUGAGAGCACAGAAUCAGCAUGCUCUGAGAGUAUAGCAUCAACAAGGUCUGAGAGCAUUGCAUCAACAAGGUCUGAGAGCACAGCGUCAAUAUGUAAACCAUUUCCAUUGGCAUUAUUUCCUAAUGUAGCUGCAUUACAGAACAAAGGAAAUGGACUUCAGCCAGUUGAAUCUACACACAAUAAUGUAUCGCAAUUGGGUGUCAGUCAAGUAUCCUCUUCAAUGAACCAGAUGUCAACACUAAAACGUAUCCUCCAAUCUUUACAUUAUAGAGUCCCACCUUCAAACUCUGCAUCAAAUUUUGCUCAAAAUCCUGUCACUGUUGCUAAGAAUUCACCUUUUAGCAUCGCUACGGUUCCUUCUAACACAGGUGAGAGUGUUAGUCAAGGACAAAAAGAAAGAACAUCAAAAGCUAAACAGCAAAUCACUGGAAAAAAUGCUGCUGAAGUAAACCGAUUAGAUGCCUUUGCUGCAGGUGAUGAUGGUAAUAAUAAAAAACUAAAGCGGAAGUUCACUAUGCAAGGUUUUAAGUUGAAUGAAAUACUCUGUACACGUAAUAAAAGGAGAAAAGAAGCAUUGGAAAAAUGUUUAAAAAUAUCUAGAGAAGUAUUAAAUGACAAUUCCUUUUCUGGUUCUAUUCAUUGCACUAGUAAUCAAUUAGAGGCUGAUAAUACAUCUGUGUGUGCACAAGAUAAGAUGCAAACAGUGCUUUCUGCAAAAGACCAGAUGCAAACAGUGGUUCUGGCAAAAGACCAGAUGCAGACAGUGGUUGCUGCAGCAGACAGGACACUAACAGUAGUUUCCUCAAACAACCAGAUACAAACAUUGACUCCUGCAAAAGACCAGAUGCGAACGGAGGUUUCUGCAAUAGACCAGAUGCAAGCAGUGCUUGCUGCUCAUCUUAUUUCCAAGGGAGAUUAUUGUGCAAAAACUUUAACAAAUAUGAAAGAAAAAGAACUGUCCCGGUCUCAUAAUACUGAGGUUAAAGUUGAGCCACUGGAUAAAGAAUAUUUCCAGACUGAAAUUUGUCAGCCAGAAGUUGUAAUUGAGAAUGUUGAGGGCACAGAUUAUUGCCAGUUAUAUAAUGAUAAUAAAGGGAAAUCCAUACCACAUACGAAAUCUUGUUCAUCUAGUGAGGAACAUCUGUUAGUAGAAAGGAGGAUUAAAGAAGAAUAUGUUCCAAUGGAGAACAGCUCAGUGGUUUUUGAAAAUAUUCCAAGGGAAAGUAUAGAAAGUGAACCCUUAAACAUUAAUUCAGGAUUAUUUUAUUCAUCUGAAACAGAAUCUUGCCCAUCAGAUAAUGGUUUUUACCCAUCAGAUGAUGACAUUUGCCAAUCAGUUAAGGCUAUUUGCCCAUCAGUUAAGGAUAUUUGCCCAUCAGUUAAGGACAUUUGCCCAUCAGUUAAGGAUAUUUGCCCAUCAGUUAAGGAUAUUUGCCCAUCAGUCACUAUAACUACUGCUGACAGUUCUUUGUCUGUGAGAAAUUUUCCAUUUGGUAGGGACUGCAAAGAAGUAGGAAAAAGUAGGACGGAGGUUGUGAAAGUAUCUGCAGAACGAAGGAUGAGUUGGAUAAAGAACCAAUCAUUACAGAGGAAAGAUUUUGAAGGAGUGUACAAGAUGCAGGUUCCAUGUAGUGGAGAAACAAAUGCUCAAUUGUCUGACAACAGACAACAGCAAUCAACCCAGGAUAUGUAUGUAUGUAAAGUAAAACAAGAACCUUUAGAGGAGACAGAAAAAGAUGGUCAGCAGGAGCCAGAAAAAGAUGGACAGCAGGAGCCAGAACCAUUGAAUAAUACAGUAUCGACAGCAGAUAGUGGACACAAUGAGAAUACAUUUCUAGAAGAAAGUGAACAAAAUACACAACAGCUUGAUAAUGGAGUUCAAGUCAAACAAGAAAUUCCAAUGGACACAGAUGAAUAUGGUCAACAGAUGCCAGAGCCUUUAAAUAUGAACUUAUCACAAGUUGUUCAAGUAAAAGAGAAACCUUCAAUGGAGACAGAUAAACCAGUUCAACAGAUGCCAGAACCUUUAAAUACAAACUUAUCACCAGUUGUUCAAGUAAAAGAGAAACCUUCAAUGGAGACAGAUAAACCAGUUCAACAGAUGCCAGAACCUUUAAAUACAAACUUGUCACCAGGUGCUGCCUCAGUUUCAACACCAGGUCUAACUCAAUUAGUUAUUACGCCUGUCUAUGAGUUGAAAGAUGGGAAGAUACAGAUUAAACUGUGUUUAAAACCGCUAGAAAAAGAUGUAAAUCUGAAAGAAAAUCAGCAGAACAAUUUUGUAUCAGUCCCAUUAGUACCAGUUUCCACAACUGAUAAAGAAGGUACAGAAAGCAGUAGUAAUAAGCAAGGUUUACAAAAAAACAGUGAAAAAAACUACCAAGAUAAGAAAUUACAACACGGAAGAAGAUUACCUAAUAUUUUAUCUUCUAAUACGAAGGUUCAAAAAAAGGAAAAAGGGAAAGGCAGUAAAUACAAUCAAUAUGCAAAGUGGUGUGAAUUAACCAGGAAGAAGUCGCAAAAUGAAGAUCCAGAAAUUGAAAUGGAAAGUGUUUGUGAUGCGGUCAAUGAAAAUGAAACUGAUGAUCUAGAUACAUCACUUAUAGAUUCAAACAUUGUUCAUAUAGGAGAGAUUCAACAUAGAAAAGAGAAUAGAUCCCUAAUAAAUUCAGAUGUUGAUUCAGAAGAGCUUCAAACUAUGGUAGAGGAUACAUCAUUGAUAGCUUCAGAUGUUGUUGAUUCAGAAGAGAUUCAUCAUAGAAAAGAGGAUACAUCAUUGAUAGAUUCAGAUGUUGUUGAUUCAGAAGAGCUCCAACAUAGAAGGGAGGAUAUAUCUCUGAACAUUUCAGAUGUUUUUGAUAGAAGAGAGGAUACAUUGCAUAUAAAUUCAGACAUUGAUAUGGACGUGAUUAAACAUAAAAGAGAGGAUAAAAUGUUGACAGAUUCAGAUGUUGAUUCAGAAGAAAUUCAACAUAGAAGAGUGAAGGAUAGAUCACUGAAAGUUUCUGAUGUUGUUGUUAGAGAAGAGGAUAGUUCACUGGUAGAUUCAGAUGUUUUUGAUAGAGGCAAAGAUAGAUCUCUGUUAGAUGCAGAUGUUGUUGAUAGAAAAGAGGUUCAACCUGGAAGAGAGGAUAAAUCGUUGACAGAUUCAAACAAUUUUUAUGCAGAAGAGGUUCAAAAUAAAACAGAGGAUAGAUCAUUGAUGGAUUCAGACAUUGUUGAUUCAGAAGAUGUUCAACUUAGAGCAGAAGAUAAAUCGUUGAUAGAUUCAGACAUUGUUGAUUCAGAAGAGGUUCAACAUAAAAGAGUGGAUAGAUCAUUGAUAGAUUCAGACAUUAUUGAUUCAGAAAAGGUUCGACAUAAAAGAGAGGAUAGAUCGUUGAUAGAUUCAGACAUUAUUGGUACAGAAGAGGUUCAACAUAAAAGAGAGGAUAGGUCGUUGAUAGAUUCAGACAUUAUUGAUACAGAAGAGGUUCAACAUAAAAGAGAGGAUACAUCCUUGAUGGAUUCAGACAUUGUUGAUUCAGAAGAGGUUCAACAUAAAAGAGCGGAUAGAUCAUUGAUGGAUUCAGACAUUGUUGAUUCAGAAGAGGUUCAACACAAAAGAGAGGAUACAUCCUUGAUGGAUUCUGACAUUGUUGAUUCAGAAGAGGUUCAACAUAAGAGGGAGGAUAAAUCAUUGAUAGAUUCAGACAUUGUUGAUAUAGAAGAAAUUCAACCUACAUUUUGUAGAAAAGAAGAUACAAAAGAAGACAAUCUCAGUUGUAAUGACAACACUAUUGCUACAUCUAAUAAUGAACUAACAGGAACUGAAGACAGUAAAAUAGCUUCAAAAGAAGGUCCUAAUCAAGCUGAAGUUGUCGAGAAGACAAUUCUGUUGAAACGUUCCAGGAGAUGUAGAAAUAAGUCUUGGAAAAUUACUGAAAACGAAAAAUCGAAAAUUGAAGGUAAUGAGAAGUUAACUCCCUUGAAAGAUUCUGAAAGGACACUUAAAAAAAGUACCUUGAAAGGUUCGAUGAAUGAGGAGAUACUCACCUUGAAAGGUUCUAUGAAAUUCAGUAAAAUGAACGCUAAAAUUACUGAAUCUGCUUAUAAAAAAAUUCAUGGUAAAAAAUGGGAAAAAGAAGAUCCAGCUGAGCAGAUAAUGAGGCUACUUAUCUUCCAAGCUAUGGUAAACAAGCAUACUGGGAGGUUGGCAUGUAGGUUUUGUACAAAAGAAUUUUGGUAUGAAAAGUAUCUUGAGCAGCACCUAAAAUUGUCACAUCUUGAAGAAAGAACAAGUGUCCAAAAGAUUACUGAAAGGGAGUUUGUCAAAUAUCUUCAUGAGAUAACGGAAGAUUUGUCUAAAGUUUUCAGAGAGCUUGCUCGUGCCCUGGAAGAUAAGAAUAUGCUUGCUGCUACACAGUCCAGAAAUUUGAAAAACACCAAUAUCAAGGUGAUUUUAUGUAAUAUAAAAUGUACAGACUUGGAGUUACUGAUGUAUGUUUACACCAUUGAUGACUGGUUUUGUCAAGCAUGCAACAAAAAAUUCUCAAGUAAAAAUUUGAUUGAUGAGCUUCAGCAUCAUGCUUGUGGUAAAAAAUUUUCAAUACUUUAUAUACGUCCAUCUAAAGUAACCAGGGCUUUUUUAUCAAGAUCUCUCUUCUCAGUUAUCAAGGACUGGUCAGAAAGAGAACUAUGUCAUUUUAAAUCUACUCCAUCUGGCACCAUGACGGAUGAUGAUAGCACAGAUUGUCUUGGAGAAGAAAAAAGUGUUGAGGGAAUGGUAAAAAAGUUCAGAAAAGAGUUCUCAUCAAAAUAUAAAGACGAAAUACAAUAUAUCAAGAAAAUCAAAGAAGUUAGCUGUCCUAAUUGUAAAGCAAAAAUUAACUUAGAUGAUUUUAAGAGUCAUUCCUGCUUGCCACAAGCUACUGUUCUGUGUUAUUGCAAUAUUUGCAAAAUUGGUUUAGGUUCGCAUUUGCAAUUAAAAGCUCACAAUUUUUUCAUGCACAAAAACGUUUUGCAUCAUAUAUCUUUUCAACAAAUACCACCCAUAGCUGCCAUUAAUGCAGAAAGUCAAGGACAUGAAGAACCACCCACAGCUGUCAGUAAUGCAGAAAGUCAAGGGCACGAAGAACAACCCACAGCUGUCAGUUAUGCAGAAAGUCAAUGUCAUGAAGAACUACCCACAGCUGUCAGUAAUGCAGAAAGUCAAUGCCAUGAAGAACCAGCCACAACUGUCAGUAAUGCAGGAAGUCAAGGGCAUGAAGAACCACCCACAGCUGUCAGUAAUGUAGAAAGUCAAGGCCAUGAAGAACAACUCACAGCUGUCAGUAAUACAGGAAGUCAAGGCCACAAAGAACCACCCUUAGCUGUCAUUAAUGCAGAAAGUCAAGGGCACGAAGAACCACCGAGAGCUGCCACUAAUACAAAAAGUCAAGGACAUGAUGAACCACCCACAGCUGUCAGUAAUACAGAAAGUCAAGGGCACAAAGAACCACCCACAGCUGCCAUUAAUACAGAAAGUCAAGGACACGGCAAAUUGAAUACAUGGGAAAAUCAAAAUACUGAGACUGAACUUCUGCAGGGAAGCGAACAACAUAAAGAAAAAGAUGACCUUGUACAGCAUGUAAAAAAUUGGGAGAUAUCUGGAUUAAAUCUUCGCAUAAUCGAAUCUAUCCUUAGAAUAAUAGUAUUUUAUACAGACAUAGAUAUUGCACUUCAUUUAGAGCAGUUAGAAACUUUAGAGAAAAAGGCCAAUUUUGAGGUUGAAACGAAAGGUACUAGGAACAGUUUUAGAAUCAAGCAGAAACGAACGCAAAAAUUUAAUGCUAAACAUUUACAGAAGAUUUGUUCUGUACAUCUACCGAAGAAAGGAGGGGAAAUCAGUAAUGCAGUCCAGAAGAAAGGAGAGCAUACAGUUGUUGCUUUACCUGUACAGAAGGAAGGUGAGCAUACAGUCGAUGCUUUACCUUUACAAAAGGAAGGUAAGCAUACAGUUGAUGCUUUACCUUUACCGAAGGAAGGAGAGCAUACAGUUGAUGCUUUACCUUUACAGAAGGAAGGAGAGCAAACAGUUGAUGCUUUACCUUUACAAAAGGAAAGAGAGCAUACAGUUGAUGCUUUACCUUUACAAAAGGAAAGAGAGCAUACAGUUGAUGCUUUACCUUUACAAAAGGAAGGAGAGCAAACAGCUGAUGCUUUACCUUUACAAAAGGAAAGAGAGCAUACAGUUGAUGCUUUAUCUUUACAAAAGGAAAGAGAGCAUACAGUUGAUGCUUUACCUUUACAGAAGAAAAGAAAGCAUACUGUAGAUACUGUUCAUAAACAGAAGAAAGGAAAGCAUAAUGUUAAUGCUGUUCAUAAACAGAAGAAAAAAGAGCCUACAAUUUACGAUGAAGAUUUUCUGGCAUAUUACAAUACAUGUAAUAUGUACAUGUGUAAAUUCUGCGAUAAGGGGUUCAGUCACUAUGUAAAAAUGAAAGAUCAUAUAUUUGAAGAACAUCCUGAUGAAAAAAAUCGCUGUAAAAUUUGUCAACAGAUGUUCCGAUCCACUGAUCAGUUAAGAAAACAUGUUAGAAAUACACAACACUAUUUGAGAUAUAAAAAGUCUCCUUCAGAGGAGAAAGAAGCACAGAAGAUUUGUUCUGUGCAUCUACCAAAGAAAGGAGAGGAAAUCAGUAAUGCUGUACAUUUACAGAAAGAAGGAGAGCAUACAGUUGAGGAUGAACAAUACAAUAAUAUGUACAAGUGUAAAUAUUGCAAUAAAGGGUUCAGUCGCUUUGUAAAAAUGAUAAAUCAUGUAUCUAAAGACCAUCCUGAUGAAAAAAAACGCUGUAAAAUUUGUCAUAAGAUGUUUGGUUCCAUUGAUAAGUUAAGAAGACAUGUUAAAAAAACAAAACACUAUAUAAGAAAAGUUGUUGAAAAAACAAAAAACAAUUUGAGACAAAAAAAAUCUCAGGAAGAAAAGGAACAUAUGUGUGAAUACUGUGGAGAGACAUUCUAUUCAUGGAGUAUUCUUAAUUACCAUAUUAAAAAUUAUCAUUUAGGUGAUAAAGACAAAAAACCUCGACAUGAGUGUGUUCUUUGUGGGAAAGUUUUUGUAUCGGUGGCUGAGUUUGCUUCUCAUCGUAAGAACGAUCACUCAAGGGAGUGUAAGAUAUGUCUCAAAGUCUUUUGCAGUGUGAGACAUCUUGAAAGACACCAUAAACUGAAGCAUUCUCAAAAACAUUUUAAAUGUCCGAAGUGCUGGAGGACUUAUGCUUUUAAUUACUUGCUUCAAAUGCAUAUCAAAUUCAUUCAUGAGGAUUACAAACCCUAUAGUUGUGAUAUCUGUGACUACAAAUGCUAUAUGAAGAAUGCCAUUGUUUCACAUAUGAAAAACAAUCACUAAGGUUUUACUGAAUAAUUCGUAUAUUAGGGAGCUACCGUUUGAUUUUUUUUUUUUUGGGGGGGGGGGAACUAGGAUGAAAAAUUUUGUCCUGCAUUUUUACUUUUUACUCUAUUCCUGCAUUUUUUUUAUUAGUUUAUCCUGACUUUUUUACAUUUUUUUUUACUCAAAACUCAUGUCCUGCCUUUUUUUUCAAAUUUCAUCCUAGCCCCCCCCCCCUCCCAUAAAAAUCAAAUGGUAGCUCCCUUAUGUAUCAUUAAGGAUGUACUUAGGUAUAAUUAAAAAAAUCAGGAAUUUAAAAUUGACACUGUAAAUGAGAAGAGCAUUAUUUAAGGAACAAAAUAAGUUAAAGAUGUUGAUAGGUUAUGGAGCUCCUUUUCAAGAUAUUUUGAAUGGUGGGUAAAGGCUGACCCUUAUAUUUGCAUUGGUAUUAUUUGGGUCUCAAAGCGAAAGAUAAGAAAUCUAUAAUCUCUUAAAUUUUGGUAAAUGAAUUUUUAUGAGCUAAUGAAGUCUUUUAUGAAAAGAAAAAUGGGUGUUAAGGGGCAAAAUAUUUUACCCUGUAUCGUAGGAAAAAAACCAAGGAGUCAGAAUAUCUGACAAAAAUUCCUGAAUUUGACUUAAAACACAAGAUUUAGUUUUUAGGUCACCUUUCCAAAGGCCAUAUGAGCUUUUAUCAGAGCUUACCAGUCAUUCUUGGUUAAACAUGUUAAAGAUUCUUUUGCUCUUUUUAACCAUUGGAUCAAUUGGGAUAUAUCUUCUUUUUCAUUGGUCCUCAAUGGUCACUUAAAAUUUUGAAUCUAUUUCACCACAAAAAAAAUACCAUAUAACAUAAACAAAUAAGAGAGUCUGCAAGGGGUUUACAGAAAAGAGAAUAAGGGCCAAAAAAAUUAGCGAAUAUAGAAAAAUGAGCAAAAAAAAAAAGAUCAAGAGAAUAAAGGGCGGCAAAAGUAUAUAAUAAUUGUGGAAAAUUAACGAAUUAGGUUUUACAAUACUGCCUCCAGAAAUGAACUAUGUAUAGAAUAAAGAAAUCAUGUAAGUUCCGAUAAAUCUUAUAGUAAGAUAAUUUUCAUGAGAAUUUUACAGCAUCUGUGUUAUUUUUAUAGAUAAACAUAAAGCCCACAAGAAUUAAAGAAUAAAGACAUGAAGGACCCCCAUCCAGACCCUCAUAUAAUGACUAACUAUUAUUAGAACAUAUAAGUAAAACAGCCAAAAAGUUAAAUUUUUUUUUAUAUUUACCUGAUUGUGCAAUAAGAAGGUAUUUAAGAACAUUUUACACUCAAGUUGAUCUACUAUAUUUUUUACCAAAUAAGACGCAUAGAAUUUAUAAAAAUUCAGUCUCUCAGACAUUUUUAUCAGAUUAUUGAACUGAUACUUUGUAUAUACUGUGGAUUUAUUUAAUUUGGUGGGUGCCAACUUGCGUUAAUUGAGGAAAAUUUUUAUUUCAAUCAUCAAUAUUUGAUAUUGUGGUUUUGCCAAAGUCUGUAUAUAAACCAACAGUUACUCAGGUGAACAUUUAAAUUUGUGGUAAAACCUUUACCAAUGAAAUCCAUAGAAGUUGGUAUCCAACGAGUAAUAAUAAAUCUACCAUACUGAAACCUCAGAAAUGAAUGCAGUACUGCUACUUUUUAACAUACAACUUUAUCUUAUACUACUGUAGACCAACUUAUUUCGGGGAUACUUUUUUAUUUCUAUUUUGCGUUGAACCAUUCGUAGCCGACUUGGCUGCAAUUCAUUUUCACGAUUUAUUAAUUUUCUUGAUGUAUUUAUAUAAGGGAAGAUAAAAGUUUAACAAAUUCGCUACAAUUUAUAUUCAUGUUAUCUUUCAAGUACUAGUAACCAAAAUCAGUCGGUUUACAGUAUUUGUAUUAUACAUUUAUUUGGUUUUCUUUUGAUUUUGUAGUUCUUACCGAUACUGUUUACAUUUCCAAAUGAUGCAACCUAUAUUAAAGUUGUAUGAUUUUUUUAAAGUAUGAUUUUAAUUUAGGGAAAUUAAUAUUGAUUAAGGACUAGUAGCAUUUGAAGUUCUAUACUAGGGCAAAUUCUUUGCUAAAUAUUUUUUCUCAUGAUGAUACUAUAUAAAACAUAUGACAAUGUAUAAAUCUCUUAAACAAAAUAAAAGAGUGAUAUUUCA